AUGCCGCCAAAGGGAAAGGCAAAGAAGGAGGAGAAGGAGGUCGUCGAGAAGGAUGAGCCUGAAAUCGCAGAUGGUGAUGACGACAGCGAUGACGAGUCGGAUGAGGACAUGCCCACUUUGGAGGGAGGAGCUAAGGACGAGAAGCACAAGCAGAACAGGUCGGAGAAGAAGAGCCGCAAGGCUGUCUCAAAGCUCGGCAUGAAACCCAUCCCAGGCAUCACUCGUGUGACCGUCAAGAAGAGCAAGAACAUCCUCUUUGUCAUUGCGAACCCUGACGUUCACAAAGCGCAGUCGUCAGAUACGUAUAUCGUCUUCGGUGAGGCAAAGGUUGAAGACCUUAGCGCGCAAGCCCAGGCCAACGCAGCCCAGCAGUUCACCCAGGGCCCCAGCAUGGGUGCCAAGGAGUUGGAGUCUGCAAACCAGGGUGCAGUGAUCGAGGAGGUCGACGAGGAGGAAGUCGAUGACUCAGGCGUGGAAGCCAAGGACGUGGACCUCGUCAUGCAGCAGGUCUCCUGCAGUCGGGCGAAGGCCGUGGCAGCGCUCAAGGCAAACAACAACGACAUUGUCGAGGCGAUCAUGCAGCUUUCCAGCAGCUAA